UUCAACAUCCUCAAAUUUAUCAUCUCCAACAUUCAGUAGAGACCUAAUUCUCCAAAUCCUUUGAAAGUUUGCGGUAAAUGUUCCCCCCCAUGGCUUCGAAUUGAAACCCAUUUGGAAUCCCCCCCCAGAGAAAUCCCACGUAUGGUUUCGACUACUGCAAUGAAUCGAUCCCCAACCGGUGACAUCAACGGCGCGACGACGCCGUUUCUCUCGGCACAACGGGACGAUUCCUCUCGUGGAUCCGUGCGUCGCCGGAGGCUUCGGGAAGCGGCUGGUUUCCUACGCCGAGCGAGCAGCCGAAGACUGAUGCGUGAGCCGUCCGUGUUGGUUAGAGAAACCGCCGCCGAGCAGCUCGAGGAGCGGCACAGCGAUUGGGCGUAUUCGAAGCCUGCGGUGGUCCUCGAUGUUAUCUGGAACUUCACGUUCGCAGCUGUGGCGGUUGGGGUUUUGCUUUUGAGCUGGAAGGAGAGACCGAUCAUGCCGCUGAGACUGUGGAUAAUUGGGUACGCAUUGCAGUGCCUGUUGCAUGUGGUCUGCGUUUUUGUUGAGUAUAGGCGGCGGAGGCGGCAACGGAGCGCGGAGUACAGGCCAUUUAAUCCAGGAGAUGAAGGGGCUUUGAGCCCACGGUUGAGCGUGGAUUCGGGGCACUACGUAACUUUGGCUCAUGUGGAAGAGGAUAGUGGAAGUGGUGUUGCAAAGCACCUGGAAUCUGCAAAUAAUAUGUUUUCGUUCAUCUGGUGGAUCAUCGGAUUCUACUGGGUAUCUGUAGGUGGUGAGGCAAUGGCUCGUAGCUCCCCCCAGCUUUGUUGGCUUUGUAUAGUGUUUCUUGGUUUUGAUGUGUUCUUUAUUGUAUUCUGUGUUGCACUGGCAUGCAUCAUAGGCAUUGCUGUUUGCUGCUGUCUUCCAUGUAUUAUUGCAAUCCUAUAUGCUGUGGCAGAUCAGGAAGGAGCUUCCAAGGAGGACAUUGAUCAGUUGCCAAUAUACAAAUUUCGAAAAAUUGGCAAGGGUGAGAAAUUUGCCGGUGAUGUCAAAGGUCCUGUCGGGGGUGUAAUUACUGAAUGUUGUAUUGAUUCCCCUAUGGAACGAGUGCUUUCCGAGGAUGAUGCAGAAUGUUGCAUCUGCCUUUCUGCUUACGAGGAUGGAGUUGAGCUAAGGGAACUUCCUUGUGGUCACCAUUUUCACUGUGCCUGUGUAGAUAAGUGGCUGCAUAUCAAUGCUACCUGUCCUCUCUGCAAGUAUAACAUUUUAAAGAGUAGUACCUGUGAGGCAGUGUAGGCGAAACGGGCAUAUUCGGGAUCUCUGCAUAUGAUUUAGCUUGAGAGCAUGAUAAUGCACGGCAUACCGGAUAGACCCGACACAGGCUAUCAUAUCCUCGUUCUCGUGGUGAUAGUUGUCACAACUGUUCCAUCGGAAACCAUGAACUCGGUGAUGGGCUCGGCCUUCAUGGAGUUGUAUAUGUAAGCAUGGAGUCCAAGAAUCCGUUUGGAUAUGUUCUUCUUUUUAUUGUUCGAGUUGAGUUAA